AUGAAGAAGGAUAUCGCAGAUUUUGUAGCAAAGUGCCCGACUUGUCAACAAGUGAAGUUGGAGCACCAACGACCAUACGGAUUUCUUCAACCGUUACCUAUUCCAGAAUGGAAAUGGGAGAAAAUCACGAUGGAUUUUAUGGUCGGAUUGCCCAAAACGCAGAAAGGCUUUGAUUCCAUUUGGGUAAUUGUUGAUCAUCUAACGAAAUCAGCACACUUCAUUCCUAUCAAGAUGAUAUAUUCAGUAACAAAUUGGGAUACGUAUAUACCUUUAGUCGAGUUUGCUUACAAUAACAACUACCAUUCAAGCAUCGAGAUGGCUCCGUACGAGGCCUUAUAUGGACGCAAGUGUAGAUUCCCUAUCUAUUGGGAUGAAGUCGGAGAAAGAAAGUUGACGGGAGCAGAGAUUAUCCAGAUUACUUCAGAGAAGGUAUCACCUAUGAAGGGUGUAGUUUGUUUUGGUAAGAAGGGGAAGUUAUCUUCAAGAUAUAUUGGUCCAUACCAGAUAGUCAAACGCAUGGGAAGAAUUUCUUACAAGCUGGAAUUGCCACCAGACAUGUCACAAGUCCACCCUGUGUUUCAUAUUUCUAUGUUUCGGAAAUAUGUAUCAGAUCCUUCUCGCAUGAUUCAACCUCAGGCGGUGGAAGUUAAUGAAGAACUGUCAUACAAAGAAAAACCAGUUGAGAUUAUCGAUAUGCAAGUACGAAAGCUUCGGACCAAAGAAAUUUUGAUAGUGAAUGUCCUUUGGAGGAAUCAUUCUGUCGAGGAAUGCACAUGGGAGACGGAAAGAAGAUAUCCGACAAAGGUUUUUGAUGUAUUUAGAUGUUGUUUGGAUGUUGGAUGCGUUCAAGAAUGUGUUAAGCACAUAAGAAUAUGUCUGUGA